AUGGAGGCUACACGCAAAGUCCCCGAUUACGGGGCUAUAGAAAGCGACAGCCAGCAGGAUCAGCCUCCGGCCAAAUUCAACUAUGUCACCGAGCUCAAGCUGAUAUGGAAAGACAGCAUGCCGCUUAUCGUCGCGUUCUUUUUGCAAUACUUCCUUAGCGUGAGUCCGUUGCUGAUUGUCAGCCGUGUCUCCGCACAGGCACUGGGUGCAGCUAGUUUGGCCACCAUGUACAUGAACAUCACAUAUUUAGGUGUUAUUCAGGGUGCAGUCACCGCUGUGGACUCGUUUGCUCCUCACGCAUACGGAGCAGGCAACUAUGCUUUGGUUGGCGAGGUGGUGCAGAAAAACCUGGCCGUGAACAUCAUCCUAUUAGUUCCGAUGGUUGUUCUGUGCUGGUUCAGCGGCAAAGUGCUAAGUGCCCUCCAGCCUGACCCCGAGCUGGCGUCUCUCGCCCAGACUUAUCUGCGGAUCGUCACGUUCGGUAUCCCGGGUCUGUUGAUAUUCGAGGUCGGCAAGCGGUACUUACAGGCUCAAAAGAUAUUCCAUGCCUCCACAUAUGUGCUUCUGAUAGUAUCUCCCCUGAGUUUGGUUUUGACAUAUGUGUUUGUGUUCACUUUUGGCUGGGGAUACGUCGGCGCACCAGCGGUGGUAGUUUUGUCGUUCUGGCUGAUGGCGCUGCUCCUAAUAGCUUACACGGUCUUUGUUGAUGGCAGCAAGUGCUGGGGUGGGUUUAGUUACAAAGCGAUGUGCAGCGGCUUGUACGACCAGAUAUAUCUGGCCCUGUUCUCACUGGUUUCCGUGGAGGCCGAAUAUUUUGCGUUUGAAAUCAUGGCGCUGGCCGCCGCAUAUUUUGGGGAAACGGCCCUUGCAUCCCAGUCGAUCUGUGCAGCUGUCGGGUCUCUUAUCUUCCAAGUCCCGUUCGCCUUGAGUUGCUCCAUUUCCACCAGAAUAGGAUCAUUUAUUGGGGCCGGCAACUUGGAAUUUGCCCGAAAGUCGACAAAUAUGUGCAUGAAGGCCACCUUCGCUUUGGGAAUCAGUGUCUGUAUUUUUCUACUGAUCACGAUGAGGCCGAUCACGAGGGUUUUCACGGAUGAUUCAAUUGUUGCGGCAGAAUGCUACAAGUUAUUGCCUGUACUUUUUUUCACGCAAUGUUACGAUAUGGUCAACGUGACCUGUCAGGGGCUGCUGAGAAGCCAACGUCGCCAAGAUAUUGGCUCGGUUUUCAGUUUGUGUUCAUACUACAUCUUCGGUUGUCCUCUUGCAUACAUACUAGCGUUCAAGCUCGAUUUGCAGGUGCGUGGCCUGUGGAUCGGACUCAGCGCGGCUGUGUUUCUGCUUACAUUGGUGGAGGUUGUGCUUUUGGCGCGCACGAAUUGGCCAAAGGUUAUGGAGCUGGCCAAGCAGGAAGAAGACGAGUAA